GCCGCCCAGAAAGUUCUCGACUCCGACUCGAUAAUGUCGCCUGACCUCUCGCCCUUGGCCCGCCGCCGGACAGCGUGGAGGAGCGGAGGCGGAGCCAAGCACUGGUGGGCGUGGCCGACGUGAGUCGAACCUGUCGGAGGAAAAGCUGCUGCAGGUGGACAUGACGGACGGCGGGAAGGCCCUCCACCCCCUCCUCCUCCCGCUCCUUCUCCUCCAGGACUCGUCGAGCAGCCAGGUCUCCUCCAUCUUCAACUUCCGUCUUCGUAGUCGUGGUUCGGAGGGGGAGAUGGCGGACGACGAGUACAAGCGUCCCCGGGGACGUGGUGGAGGGGGGUGGGAGGUCGAAACCUACAGCGGGGGCACCUUCAGCGGCAUCCUCCCCCCGCCGUGGCCCAAACGCCGGCCCAGCACCUACAGCACGGCCAGCCGGAGCUCCCAGGUAUUUUAUCCGACCCUAAACGUCAACGGGAAGCUGUUUGUUGCCAUGGACCAGAACGGGGUUUCCUCGUCGCCGCUGCAGGGGCAGCUGCCGGCGUGCACCAUGGAGAAGGUCAAGGAGGAGAGUGUGCCCACGUCCACCACAGAGCUCAGCACCAUGUUGUUACCGCGCCCGUCGUCCACGCAGGACUCAGAGAGAAGGGGGCGGGCUCUGAGCGCCGCCAGCUACCUCACCGACGCCAUGGAGG